AUGUACGGCGGCUACUCCCCUGAUGCACAGUCUGAUUCUAGUGAGGGUGGGUACUCACACAAGCGGAUGUGCUGCGGAGUUUGCGGCGCCCUACCUGCCAUCGCGUGGUUUUGUGGUCUGGUGGCGCUGCUGUAUUUCUACAAAGACGCGACUUGCAGCCACACCUCAACGGGUGAGGGUGACAUUAUGCUGUUUCUGCGGAUGAGUGCGGGUGGCUUCUUCGUAUUGUUCGCCAUAGAGGUAGUCGAAGGCUGCAUCGCUGGAGAGCACGACUUUCAGACUUCCCCUCAAGAGAUCGCCAUCAAUUGCUGCACCGGCAUUGUAUUCAUUGCCCUCUACAUCGUCAACUAUUACGGCGUCAUCCAGAUCUACACGGCGGAGGCAUGCACUGACGAUCUGGUAAUGAUCGGUUGGCUCGUGCUGGUGGGGAACAACCUGGUGUGGUUUGCGACCAUUGCCACCAUGGUCGCCACGGGGCUGUGCGGAACCGCCAUCGCGGCAGCCGAUUUCGCCAGCGGGGACCGCCUGUGA